UCUCGCUGAUGGCUGUACCCCAGGCUCCUGGCCAGCAUUAUAUAUAUAUAUAUAUAUGCUAGACAUUUGUGUGGACAUCACAGAGCAUUCUGGAGAAAUCCUAUAGCGAGACUCACUAUGGGAGGAAGCAGCGCGGCAGCGAUCAUCAUUCUUUUGUUUGGUGCGGUGAGCUCUACUGCGUCAGCGUCGCCUCCGAAAUGGGCGUCUUCCAUCGGCUCCUCGUCCUUCGGGGAUCGAAUCCGAAGACGUCUCCACAAUCCAGCCGUGGGACCCGAGGAUCCUCUUCUGCCUCCUUUGGGCUUGCGAGCACCAGCCCUGUGCCUGGAGUGUGAGCUGCUUAUAGGCGCCCUGAAAGCAGAGAUUGAUUUGGGCAUGACUUACGACCAGGUAGUCAAGGAAGCCACUUGGGUAUGCCUCAACGUCGUAGGGUAUAGCCAAAACACCUGUGAUGGGUACAUUAGCCUCUUUGCCCCAAUGCUUUAUUAUAUGUUCACCAACGGCACGAUCAUUCCUUCCGAAGUCUGUGGAAUGACCCUGAAUGCUUACGGGUGCAAUACGACUCGGCCCGAGCGGGAAUGGACCAUCGAAAUUCACGGGGACAAGCCCCCGGUUGAACCUCUCGUCUUGCCUGAAUCAGGGGAGCCAACGAUCAAGGUGUUGCAGAUCUCUGACAUGCACAUGGACCCUCUCUACUCACCCGGCUCCAAUGCUGAUUGCGUGGAGCAAUUGCUGUGUUGCAGGGAAGAAUCAGGGGUACCAGUUGGACCUGAGGCAGAAGCUUGGUUCUGGGGGGACUAUCGGUAUUGCGGGUCCCCCCGUUGGAUGCUGGAGGACAUGCUGGCCAACAUCAGAGCUGAACAUCCGGAUAUAAGCUACGUUCUUUGGACAGGGGACGUGGUGCCGCAUAACAUGUGGUCAGCGACAAGGGAAUGGAACAAGCGAAUCAUCAGAGAGACCUAUGAAAUGCUCGAGGCUUAUUUCCCGGACAUUCCAAUCUUCCCAGUCAUUGGCAACCAUGAACACAGUCCCAUAGACCAGUUUCCUGACCCUGACAAUGCCCCACCUGAAUUUGCUGCCGACUGGAUGUAUGAAGCAUUGGCUACGCAGUGGGCUAAACUGCUUCCAGAUCUAGAUAUAUCGACGGUGCUCUAUGGAGGAUUCUACUCGGUUCCAGUCAAGCCUGGUUUUAGAAUCAUCUCUGUGAAUUCCAUGUUUGGUUAUACAGGUGAUUUCUGGCUGUUUAUGAACUCCCAUGAUGUUGGUCAUGAACUUCAGUGGCUGGAAGCUGAGCUGGGAAAAGCUGAGAGUGAAGGAGAACUGGUCCAUCUCCUUGGUCAUAUUCCGCCAGGACUGAUAUACACUGAAAGAACUUGGUCUAGGGAAUACAACAGGAUCGUCAAAAGGUACGAGAACAUCAUUCGUGGGCAAUUCUUUGGCCACACCCACUAUGACGAAUUUGAAGUUUUCCACGAUGGUGAUAGACCUAUGGGCGUGGCCUACAUUGCUCCAAGUCAGACACCAUACUACUUCCUUAACCCUGCGUACAGGAUAUACACAAUUGAUGGCGAACGUCCAGAGACAACUUGGAUGGUCCUUGAUCACGACACUUUCAUAAUGAACUUGACAGAAGCCCACGAGACCAAUGUCUCCAGAUGGUACAGACUUUACAGUGCCAAAGAAACCUACGGAAUGCCAAGUCUUACCCCUGAUGAUUGGCAUGAGUUAGGUCAGAGGAUGGCUGAGGACAGGGCAUUGUUUGAUGUCUACUGGAGCAACUUUGUCAGCGCUGGAGACCCUUUCUUACUCCAGGGCUGUGACGACGUGUGUUACGAACAAAGACUCUGUGACGUCAUGACCGCAGACCGCAAUAAUCUUGACGCUUGUUAUGGAGUCCUUCAGAGGAAGAAAGCAGCUGAUUCCAAAAUCACUCGAAUGAUAGGUAAUGAAUGAUUAGGCUUUCAAAACUGUCAUCAGCUUUAUGACUUAGUUUAAAAAUCACAUUUCUGAGGAACGUAUCAAAACGUAACACACAUGUUUAUAAUAUCGUCAAAAUACUGAAUCCUGCUCAUACCUUAUCUAUAUGUAAGUCAGUAAACAUAACGCAUUAUGUUGCUAAAUUGUUAAAAUACAGUUCCGAUGUUUAUACCAUAAUAUCAACCUCCUCGGCUGGUUUUAGGCCAAUUUACUAAAUUA